UUCUGUUUCCUUGAGGCAGGGCUCAUUCAUCCUAUAAAAAGCCAGCUGGCUGCUGACUUCACAUCAGACCAGAGCAACCAGACACCCCAUUCUCUGUGUACCAGGUUCAGCCUCCUGUGAAGCAUGAGUUCCCACCAGCAGAAGCAGCCCUGCACCACUCCCCCCCAGCUUCAGCAGCAGCAGGUGAAACAGCCCUGCCAGCCUCCACCCCAGGAACAAUGUGCCCCCAAAACCAAGGAGCCAUGCCACCCCAAGGCUCCAGAGCCCUGCCACCCCAAGGCUCCAGAGCCCUGCCACCCCAAGGCUCCAGAGCCCUGCCACCCCAAGGUUCCUGAGCCCUGCCACCCCAAGGUUCCUGAGCCAUGUCUCCCAACGGUCACUCCAGCGCCAGCUCAGCAGAAGACCAAGCAGAAGUAAUGGGGUCCAUAGCCAAGCAAGCCCUUGGGGAGCCAACCACCGGAUGCUGAAUCCCCUCUCCCAUUCUGCUUCUGUGUCUUACUUACAAUUAGCAUGCUGUCACCCUGAGUCAUACCUUCCCUCUUUGCACCCUCUACAAGAUUUCCCUCUCAUUGCUCUAGAGGGCUCUGAGCCUCUGAAUGAUGCUGAGAGUCUCACUGGCUGAGCUACUCUUUUAAGUGCUCAGGGCUCAUCUAAAGAGGGGCCUGGGGAUCAAGUGGAUCUUUCCUGCCUUCUCCCCAUUAAACCACUUUUAACUCCA